GAAAGUGGAAAACAACCUCAUUAACAUUUCCCUUUGUGGUACUCUUUUCUUUUUCCUCCAAGCAACAAACCUAACCAAAAUGGAAGAACAAUGCAGUCCUCUUACAUGGGCUUACUACUUUGAAGAAGAGGGAGUAGCGGAUUUGAAGCAAUCCCUCUUCUACUCAACGCUAGAGGUGGAGGCGGCGGUGGUGGCGGCGCACGAGGAGAUUUCAAGGAAAGACGAGGAGAUUGUCCAACUCAAAGAGCUACUAGCCAAUAUCAUGCAGGAGAGGGAUGAAUUUGCGACGAAAUACCAGCGACUUUCGCUGGAAAUGUCGUCGCAACUGCAACCACUCUCAAGUGGCACCACUAGCAACGAGGACGAAACCAACACCAAUAAUUCCCAAUCCCUCUCCGACUCCGACAGCCCCCCGCCGGCCGCCGACAGACUUCCGGUGAGCAAGCCGUUGCCGGAAAAUGGCAAGUUCUUACAAGCCGUCAUGGAAGCCGGCCCGCUCCUCCAGACGCUCCUCCUCGCCGGCCCGCUCCCCCAGUGGCAGCACCCGCCGCCGCAGCUCAGCUCCGGCGACAUUCCGCCGGUGACGCCGCGGACGAAAAUGCUCAUCAGCCCAACCGCGGGUAACAAGAGGAGUAUGUUAAACACUGCGGAUUUCUCUCCCACUUCUAAAUUCCAACGAAUUUGCUCACCACUUAACAUUAUUAGUAAUUGAAAUUAAUUAAUUAACCACACCAAUUUCUCAUUAGAGUUGUGUUAAUUAAUUAGGAGUCGAAGAGUCUCCAUUUUUAAAAUUGGGAUUUUCGAAAUUGAUCUUCGUCAUCGUCGUCGUCGCUGUCGGAUGUGAUGUGUCGAUGGAUCGAGGUAGCUAAGAAUUGAUGUUUGUACAUUUUUAAUUAAUGGUUUGUAUAAUUGUGUUAGGUCCUUGAACUAAUUGUAGAGGGAGAGAGGUUUUGAGGUUUUGAUUUGGGAUGAGUUAAUUUUAAUUUUAAUUUUAAUUUUCUACUAUAGUUAGUUAGUUAGUAGUCUAAUUUGGCCCCAUGAUAUGGAUUAUGAAAAUGGGAUGCUGCAAAAUUCUCUAUGUUGGUGGGGAAUAUUGUGAGGAUUUAGGGAAUUAUAUAUACAUCAGUGUAUCUUUUUUAGAUUAUGAUGUUGUAGCAGUCAUCAUAUGGAAGAUGACUUUGUUUUAGUCUAAUUAAUUAAAGUUGUUGCUUUAUAUUUUCA